AUGACGGCAUCUUCCACCUUUAAAAAAAAUCAUGGUCCAUCUAAUGGAAGACUCAACCACGCUGCUGCUAAUGGAAAAGCAGGCGCCUGGUCAGCAGGGGCUAAUGAUGCUAGUCAGUGGCUUCAAGUGGAUUUUGGAAGAAAUGUCAGAAUUACAAAGCUCGCUACUCAAGGGCGUCAAGACUACGAUCAAUGGGUGAAGACAUUUACUCUUUCAUACGGUGUUGAUGGCAACCCUUCCUUUCAACUUUACCAAGAGAAUGGUGCUGAAAAGGUUUUUAAUGGCAACAAAGACAGGAACACAAUCGCAAACCAUGUACUUAUUCAACCAAUCAUAGCGCGGUCUGUCCAAAUAAAACCAAAGUCAUGGAAUGAUCAUAUCUCCAUGAGAGCGGAGUUUUACGGAUGCAUCCUCUCAGACCGAUAUCAAGUGCUGGGCCGAGUCGUGCACAUGGAUUUCGUACAAGAGCAACUCAAAACAAAGAAAAAGGUUAACUUUGGAGACUCCCAGGAACAGCCCAAUGGCAUCGAGCUUGAGGUCAUGGCGGAUACCAUUUAUGUGAAGGUGUGUUUGAAAAUUUUGUAUCCAAGUUUAGUGAACACCACAAUAGCGCGCUUUUUUAAAAGAGGGGCUCAUCAGAGAGGAACCUUAUUUAGAUUUGCUGCAGGUGACAAUGCAUUUGAUUUCUUCUAA